AUGGCUGAACGUCCUGCUGAGUUGAAUGUCGAUGUCGACGUUCCACAAGCGAACCAACAGCAAAAUCGUAAUGGUGAAGCAAGAGCUCAAGCACAGAAUAAUACCCAGUUUGGGGUUGUACGCGAUCGAUUAUUUCAUGCAAUGUUGGUCAAAGUUGCGCUCAGUUAUAGCUCACAUGUGAGCAUAUUUUGGCGACGAGUUAUCGAGUUCAUUUCGUUGUUAAUAGCUUUGUGCUUGUUAUUCACUUUAUUAUUUGUUCAUUUGAUGUUCACCCGUUCAUCAGCUACAUGUCUUGAUCAUAUACGGGAUACAUGGCCAAGGGAUGGUAAGUGA